UUUACAGAUUUAUAGAAACAUGAAGCUGUUGUUGUUCCUCUGCCUUUUAGUUGUUGGGACUCAUUCCAACAGGUAUCCCUGUGAGCCUUAUCACCAAGUUGUAAGAAACCAAAAUCAAAGAGGAAAUGAAAACCGAAACAUGCCACAGCGGGCUGUAGGGAAGCGUGUUUGUCAGUUUGCUUGUUGCUUCUACAAAGAGAUUUCUUCUCAUGAAAACAGUGAGAAUAUUUUCUUCUCUCCUUUGAGCAUCUCUACUGCCUUUGCAAUGCUGACUCUUGGUGCCAGGUCUGAUACUUUGGCACAGAUUCUUAGGGUCCUUCACUUUAAUCCACGUGAGAUUUCUGAAAAUGAAAUCCAUGAAGGUUAUCGUCAACUCAUACAAAUGGUAAACAGAAAGAAUGAGGGUUUUCAGCUAGAUAUGGGAAAUGUCCUGUUUGUACUUGAUCAACUGAAACCACAGCAAAGAUUUUUGAAUAACCUCAGAGAAUACUAUGAAGGUGAAAUUUAUCCUAUGAACUUCAAGAGGUCUGAUCAAGCCCAGAAGAAGAUAAAUGAUUAUGUAGCAGAAAGAACCAAUGGGAAAAUCAAGGAUCUCAUAAAUAACCUUGAUCCACUCACUGAACUACUUCUCAUUAGUUACAUUUAUUUUAACGCUGAAUGGGAAAAACCUUUCAAUCCACAAUACACUAAAAAGGAAAAAUUCUUUGUGGAUGGGAACAAGGCUGUUGAAGUUCCAAUGAUGUUUGGAAUCGGCGCGUUCAAGCAUGGCUAUGAUGAACAACUGUCCUCCACUGUGGUGCAAAUGGAUUACAAAGGAGGUGCUUCAGCAUUUUUUGUUCUGCCUGAUCAAGGACGAAUGAGGAAGCUGGAAAACAAAUUGUCUUGUGAACGUAUGGCAAGAUGGAGGACAUUAGUCACAAAAAGCAACUCAGUAAAUUUAUAUCUUCCAAAAUUCACUCUUCAUGGGAGAUAUAACCUAAAAAACAUUUUAUAUCAAAUGGGCAUAAGGGAUCUAUUCACUGAUAAGGCUGACUUAUCUGGUAUCACUGGACAACCCCAGCACAGAAUUUCCCAGGCUAUUCAUCAGGCUGUGGUAAAAGUGGAUGAGACUGGCACUGAAGCAGCAGCUGCCACAGGCAUGGAAAUAGUGCCUAUGUCCGCUCCAGUUGUCAUUAGAAUGAACAGACCCUUCUUAUUGGUCAUAACUUUGAGGGAUAACAUACUGUUCAUGGGAAAAAUUGUGAACCCUCUGGAAAAAGAUUAAGCUAAUAUACACAUUAGGUAUGCAGUUAUCACCACUGUUUAAUCCAGCGUUUCACCUGACGAGCAUGGCAUGGCUACAGAGGGCUCUCCACCUCUUAAACUAUGUUUUGUUUUUUGUUUUUAUUUGUUUGUCUUUGUAGAUGAGACACUUCAUCAAUGUACGUUGUCAUAAUUGCAUAUUUGUUUGGACUUUUUUUUUUUUUUUUUUUAAAUGAAGGUUACAUCCAGGCAAAAUUCUCAUUAGAUCUGGAACAGAAUAGGCCCGUGUGACAAUGACAGCACAGAUAAAUUUUCAAACAGGGAAGAUGAAGAGCAUGUGAGUAUGUGGGUGGAGAGGAUUGUGCAACCCCUUGCUCCUUCGCUUCUUCCAUCACAGUUGUGACUGCUUUCUUUUUUUUUUUUUUUUUUUUUUGGCAUUGACUGACAAAUGGGUGUAAGUUAUGGCACUUAACUACUUGUGCCCAUUUUCCUACCAAGUCUAGGAUAGCUUUUAACAUACAUAGUGCUUACUACCUUCCAUAGUAACAUUUUCCAGCAAGUCUACUACUUGCGUCUUGGCUGUUGUGGUAGCUUGCCUGCUACAAAGAGAUAACAAGACAGUUGCGUUUUUCCCUUGCACAUAUAUGGUAUUUCUGUAAGACUUCCCAGUCCAUACUCAUUCCAGGGCAAAUAUGUCAGAAUUGGGUCUAAGAAAGGAAGAAGUGGGUCAGAUCUCUGCUGUUCAACUCCCUGGAGCAAACUUCUGUGAACCAGAUACACAACUUACAGCAGCCACAGGAUUUCUUGCAGCCUGUGCCUGAACCUAAAUCAGCUUCUAGUGGAAACAAAAGCCAUCUCCUCAAGGUGCCAGUGCACAUAGUAGUACCACCUUGCCCUGGGAGAUCAGCCACAGUAGUAAGCACCACUGCAGUAUUGUUUGUAGAAUAGAGCACCCUACUGGUAGCACCUUAUACCCCAUUGGUGACUUAUACCAUGUCUUUUGGCAUGAACCCUUCUGUUCCCAGACUGUCUAAUAACAUGAUAUUGGUACUCCAUUUCUCAUCUGCUUCAUAGUUAGUAUAGCAGCAAUAUUAUAGGAUAUGUUUUCACUAUUAGGAUGCACAGUACCAGAAGUCACAUUCAUAAUGUACAUGCUUAUUUAUUUUUUCUUUACUUUUCUGUCUACUUUUACUUCUUCUUUCAGAACAUCUAUCAGUGUUUUAUUUCUGUGCCCAUGUUCAUAAUAUAUAUCUGAUCUCUGGUUGCAGGAGGGGUAAAUUAUUGACUAAAAUGGGUUAGUGUGUUAAUGGGUGUUAAGCAUUAACAACAGUCUUUGUACUGUCUUGAACUACACAGAAAAACUGUACUACAAUAGGAGAACAACAAUGAAUAAAUAUGACAU